GCGGUACAUUCCCUGGCAGGGCAGGGCCAGCUACACAGGACUCUCCAGGGGGAGGGGAGGCGGUGAGGAAAGGGGAGGAGAAGGCGCCUUGAUGAACUCACCCAGGAUGAGAACCGCUGGCUGCUCUUCUAUUUAAUGCGGCGUCUCUGGCCAGGAAGAAUCAGAUGCACCUCCAACUCAGCGAGAGCAUGGCUGAGGAGUUGGGGCUGGGCUUCGGAGACGCAGCCAGUGUGGACAUGCUGCCUAAAGGAGGAAGCGGAGGCUGCGACCGCGACAGCAGCGGGCCCAAGGCCAGAGCUGGGCUAGAAGCCAGGAGCCACAGGCGGCCCUGGGCUCUCACCUGCUGCCUGCUCUUGCUCCCCAUCCUUGCAGGACUCACCGCCUACCUGCUCAUGGGCCAGCUCUGGGCCCAAGGAGAAGACUGCGUUCUGGACCAGAUCCCAGAAGAAAAGGAGUUUCUACUUUCACAUCAGCGAGCUUACAUGCCGCCGCCCAGAGCUGAUGGAGGCAAGCCCAGGGCACACCUGACAGUUAUAAAACAACCGCCCACACAUCACUUGAAAACUCAGUUACAGGCUAUGCAUUGGGAACAUGAGCUGGGCUUGGCCUUCACCAAAAACCGGAUGAACUACACCAACAAAUUCCUGGUGGUCCCAGAAUCAGGAGACUACUUCAUUUACACCCAGAUCACAUUCCGGGGGACCUCCGCUGAGUGUGGUAACAUCUCUCAAAGAAAACAGCAGAAUAAGCCAGAUUCCAUCAUCGUAGUCAUCACCAAAGUAACAGACAGGUACCCUGAGCCCUCCCAGCUCCUCAUGGGGACCAAGUCUGUGUGUGAAAUAAGCAGCAACUGGUUCCAGCCCCUCUACCUUGGGGCCAUGUUCUCUUUGCAAGAAGGGGACAAACUGAUGGUGAAUGUCAGUGACAUCUCUUUGGUGGAUUACACGAGAGAAGAUAAAACCUUCUUUGGAGCCUUCUUGUUAUAGGGCCAAAGCAGACAUCAUUGUGAAAAGGCCCCCUGCCUUCUAGUCCCCAAUUUUCUUACUGUAUCUAUAAUUCUUGAAAUUAAGGGUGUGGGGCAUUCUAUACAGUCAAGAGUUUAGCCAUGAAAUUUAAGACCCCAAAGAUUGCCUUUCAUGUGCCUUCCUGGUGAGAAUAUGGAUUGGAAACAAAGAAGAAAAGAGCCAGUGUGGUGAUUGCUGGAAGAGAGUUGGAGUUUCUCAACCCUGACACAUUACUCACCUGAAGAACAGAUGGUCGACUGAGGUCAGGAUUUAAAAACUAUUUCUAUGCUUUCCAGAUACAUUCUUGUCACCAAUAGUCCAGUCCUGAUUGAAUUUGAUCACAAACUACUUUAGCUCAACAGCCUUGGACAACAUCAGAAAGAAAAUCCAAGGGGAAAAAAUAAGCUCUUCAGAGGCCAGGUACUUAAUCGGUAUUUCCACAUACUUUCAUGCCAAUUCUAAAAGAAAAUGAAAACAGAGCUGCUAUUUCUCAUGAUCGUAAUCCCAGAGGGGAGUGUUUUUCAUGCCAUGUUUUUCCUAUGAGAAAAGCCACCUUAGAUUAAAUAUACAAGUACCAAAAUAGGCAAGUGUGAGUUCCCCACAGUAAUAACGCAUUUGCCCUUGUCAGAACAGUGUUCCUGAAUGCCUGUAAUAUCUUGGGCACUCUUUAACCUAGAAAACGCUACGAGGAACACAUCAACCAACUCACAACUUAGAUAAAUACUAUGAGAUGCCUCCUGGUCAAAUUCAAUCAACAUACUUCAAAGAUAACUGGGAGUCCUGGAAAAAAAUCAUCCAAAAAUGUUAUUUUUGGCAUUGCCUUUUGUAAAAUGUCCAGAUGAGUAUGCCACUCAGAAAAUUUGAAGACAGAUUUCUAGCAAACUAGACUAACUAUACAACAAAGCUGACUGAUGCCAAGAGACAAUGGACUUGUUCUCUGAGAAGGAAACAAAAAUAUCAAUCAUCUGAGUCAGAGACAUUUAUCCAGGUUGAUUUGAAACUUUAUAUGCAUAGUAUUAUGUGGGUAUUUUUCCCUUAAAAUAUUCAAGGGGAUUUAACUACAGGAUUAGCUAAUCUUCCCAGCCACGGCUUCUUUAAAGAAGACAUCAAGGUCUGUCUUAGUGAGUGAAUACCCUCGGUGGCACGAUUUUCCUGUGUGCUUUUCCUAUGUGCUGGGCAGGGAGGGACAGUUUUGUCCUCUCAACCCUUAUUGGCUGAUUUUCCAAGCAGGAAUCUUCCAAUUUGUUUUCCAGGGUCAGAUGAGCUCAUUGAAAUGAAAUGGCCUAACUUCCUGCAUUCUGUGUAAGAAGUUAACUUUCUACCUUCCAUGAGGGCCUUUGGGUAUAUCAUGUCCAGUUACCCCAGCACCAUGGCCUGUUUUAUAAACACUCCUUAUCAUGAGGGAGCCUCACAGAUAUGUCUGAGAUUGAACUUGGCUCCUAGAUCACUGUUACACUAAGUUUCCAGGAAAACUAUAAGCAGAGAGAGAGAGAAAGAGAGAGAGAGGGAGAGAGAGAGAGAGAUGGGAUGUGGAUUUUGAACAUAGUGACUGAUAGAGUCAAUAUCUGUUGAAUAAUAAUUCAGUGACAAUGGAUUUCCUGGUUGUCAGUGGAAAGGCUGACUGGAGACAUACUUUGGAAGGUCUGCUAAAGUUAAAUUACGCCAGGCCGCCUUGUUGCCUUCGCUUUCCACAAACAACACAGGCCUCUCUGAGAGCAGGGAGAAUAAAGGGUGCAGCUACCUCUGCCUGGUUCAGUCUUCAUGAAGGAAGUGAAGCCUGAAAGAAGGUGGGUGGCCCCCCAGAUGACCACAGGGAAAGGGCACCCCAGAAGGAGGAAUUGCCCUUUGCUUAAGAAGAACUGAAAGGCUUUUUCUGGUUUGACAUGAGGACAUUGCCUCCCCCGCUCCAGAGAACAGCAUUGUCACCAACACUAGUCUGACUCCACCGUCAGAGCUAACAUCCCAGUCAGUUAGAAAAUCAAAGGUGCUAUCUGCACCUGUCAGUCACCACAGUGCAAGGGAGCAUCAAGCAACCUACACUUUCUAGGAAAGGAUUUGCACAGAAAAAGCAAGGAGAUGGGCACCCCUUCUCUACCAUUAAAGGGAAUCCUGGGUCACUAGCCUUCACACCAGCCCAUGAGGAGCUCUGGUUGGUUGGCAUGUUUAUCCAACACAAGAAUUUCCUACUACCUUGAAAAAUGUAGCUGAAGUUUUCACUGCUGGUUUUUUUUUUUUCCAAUCCUUAAUAAUAUUCCCUUUACUAUUCAGAAGAACACAGACAAACAUUCCAAACAGGACUCAAAAUAGAAUUUCUGUUUCCAAGGCAUUAUUUUUCAGAGGCAAAAUUAGUCCUAUUGUAGAAUUCAUACUGCAAGCAAUAUGCAGACAGAGAGAGGUUCAUAGUUUCUUGCCUCAGCUUCAAAGAUGACCCAGACAUACCUUGAAAAGUCUACAUUUCUUGAUCAAAAUUCAGGGCUCAUCAGAACCUUUAUCCUCAGUAUGCUUUAUGUCUAUCUGCAAAACAGAAUUACUGAGCUACUAAAAUUAGUAUUUUUUCUUUACUAAGGAAAACUGAAAAAUGUACCUUUUCAUGUCCUGAAACAUAUCAGGUUUAGUUCUAAAACAGGACUGUUGCAGUUCUAAUGCCAGAACCCUUAGCUGUAUUUCAGUCUAAGUUAUGCCAUCCCAGAGGAAAUUCAAGCUCUAUGCUUAUAAAUACUCACCAGGAUGGUAAAGUCCAACUAACUGCUGGACCUUGCCAAUAUCCCCUUGCAAGGUAUUUUCUCAAAUUCUUAAUCAUGUGUCCAUGGUGGUGACAUUGGGGGUGAUUUUUAAGAGAUCUAUUCACAGCUAUGCCUUACAAAAUACAGAAAGGUGUCUCUUGCCUCAAAAUUUCCUGCUUGUUUAGGGCCUAGAGUCUUGGAAGUGUUUUUCCAUUUUUCGUAGGAUUCUCUUUAAGCAUAACAUUAUCCUGAAUAGUGUUGCAUUAUAUUGGUAGCUAAGUCUUUGGAAAUUUCAGUGAUUUUCGAUCCUCAAAUCUUUUCCCCAGUGCUAAGGAAUGUAGGUUAAAGAAGUCAAAAUCUUAUCUUGUUCCACUCUGACAACCAUAUUUACAUCGUCCUAUGCUCUAAGACACCCCACCUCCACCUCUCUUCCAUUCCCCUAUUUUAAGAGGAAAUGAAGCACGCUGGCAGACCCAGAGCUCAGAUUCUGUCCUCUGAAACCACAAACCUUGCUACAUCAAUUUGUCUACUCUUGGCAAAUAAUAUUCAAUUUAAUGAUUAGAGGGGACAUUCGGUGAAGAUAUAUUUUCAAAUAUUUGUGGGCAAUGUAGAGAGGCAACUAAGACUUCUUUGAAGUAUACCAAAAGAAAAAGCUGGGACUAAAGAAGUACCAUCUCUGGGUUCACACCCAAAUGAACAUUCUACCCCCAGACUGAUCGUUUCCAGGUAGUGAUUGCUCUCUCCCUGGAAAUCCUCAAGCAAAAAACUUAUUACAAGAGUUUUUUAGAAGUCAUUGUUUCUUAGAAGUUAGGGAAGGGAUCAACAAAAGAAUUUCUGGAUUUUUUUUUCAAAUCUAUGACCAUGUUGCUUCUUUUUAGUUUACUUCCAUGUGUUCUAUUAGAUCGUGAUGAACCUGAAAACUCCAAGACUUCAAUGGUUCCAAACCUAGUAGCUCCCUGGUUAAGAAUGUAUCCGACACCAAGUGACUCUGAGAUCUUGCCAAGAGAGAAAUUCAUGUAAUUUGACAACCAAUUUGAUUGUCGGGUUGCAUUGGAGCAUACAGACUUGAAAUUCCUAGCCGGCAAUCUUUUAUUUUCACCCAUGAAUUGCUUAUUCUUUUUAAUAUCUGUCCCAUGACAGUACUUAUUACCUAGAUGCUGGCAAGCAGGAAAGAAAAAUCCUGCUCUUAUAGAGUACACUCUUAUAGAGGCAGAAGACACACACAUGCACAAAAACCAAGCUGACAUAAAUGAUUUUAUUCUUAAAGUCAUUAAAAAAUGUAACUUCCCCCUCAUUUAACUUCAGGGGGUAUAUAGAUUGAACAAAUGUGUGGGAUUUUAGGGAGAAGCCCAGGGGCUUUCAUUGAGUUUGUUUUAUGUUAAAACGUCACAACCCCAAGGUAAAAUGCAUAUUGUAUGUUGUUGAAUAUGUAAUUACCUAGUAUGGAUCCCAUGUCAUCAUUGCUGUAUGAAUUCUAACCUAUAUAAAUGAAAGAUUGUAUGUGUUAAUCUAUUUAACAGAUGUAACUUAAUUAAUUGGAAUUAAAGGCUGCAGAAAUACUGACAGUUGCUUUCAUUGUUUCAUUAAUCAUUAGUUUUCUU